AUGGCAAAUCCCACUCGCACGCUUAAUGCUGCUAUCAGAAAGCUAGAGGGUUGCAGCCCAGCCUUAUCAACCAUCCGCAUAGGAUUGGACAACGUCCAUGAUGGGGACUACAAUGCUUACCGGCGCUGCAUGAGCAAGACCAACGAGGUCCGAGAUGAUCUGGCAGGAACUCUCGAAGAUCUUCGCAAAGCAUUGUCGGAGUUCGACGAGGAGCUGCGAUAUUACACGCAGCGAGGCGACGACUACAAAGCAAGGUACCAGACUGCAGACGACUCGGCCAAACGACUCACACAAGAGAACGCGCAGCAAAGCCUGCAAAUCCGAGCCCAGGGGAACCAGCUAGCCAAUACACAACAUGAUCUUGACCAAGCCAAUGACAUUAUCCACGAUCGUGAUGUCGUUAUUGCAGAACUUCGAAGGCAUUCGCAGCAGACACGGCCAUCGUCGACCCACGCCACUGCCGGGACCACAGGCUCAGGAAGCACCUUUCGCCCGGGCUCAGCCGGUCGACCUAAUCGACUAAGCAGCGACUCAGGUAUCUCGGGCAUCUCUGAUGCAAGUUGUAGCACAACUCCUGAAGACCACACUCGCUACACCAGAGCCAAUGGGUUGUACGAGGACGGAGUCAAGCAGUACCAGCAGGGCCACCUGAAUGCUGCCGACACAUCAUUCGCCCGACUGGAGCAGAUGCUAGCCGGUCUACCGUCCGCUCUACGCCAGACCUUUGACACGACCGAGCUUGCAUACUACCGUGCCGUCUGCCUCGGCUCAUCGGCCAGAGAUGCUGAAGGAGAACGAAUCCUGUCCGAGUUCUUGCGCAUACACUACCACGCUACGAAGGCUCGCGAAGCCCACAUACGGCACCUCCUCGCCGUCAAGCUUGUCAAGCUCAACAAGCUGGAAGAUGCUUUCGAGCAAUGCUGCACGGCUGUCGGAUUGUGGGACCAAGAUGAACACGGUAGUGACCAUUACUUCGAUGCCGUCUCACUCCUCGUUCGUAUCACCCAUCUACAGAAACGACCAACCGAGGCUCUAGCGAUGAUCAAUCAGUGUCCUGAAGACCGCAAAGACUAUGUGCGAAACAAGUACACGACACUGACUCCGACCAUCUUGCCCACCGCGGCACCGGCCACACCAAUAGUCAUUCCCAUCCGGCCUGCAACGACUAGGAGAGUUGUGGCGCCUGCUCAAAGCACAAAUAGUAGCACAAGUUCCGGGAGGACAAGCAUGUCUGCUGCUGAGCGGCGACGGCGGCAGGUCAAGCAGCUGCCGAUGAUCUUUAGAAUGGCAUUGACUUGA